AUGACAACAUUACUCUACCCAUCUGCUUUCGAGUCGGAGGUUACGGGGGCUCCCGACCCUGCUCUACCCGAUGCAGAGGUGCACAAUUCAAACCCCUCGCAGGACUCAGAAUGGUCGCCUCAGGGAAGUCUUGCAUCUUUCAUAUGCCAUGCUUCAUAUUUACAAAAUGAACUUCGCACGGAUAACUCGAUAUUUGUCGAUGACAACAACAGGAUCAAAUCGUUAUCCAGGCAUAAAAUUGGAUCAGGUGCUUCUUUCAUCGUAGAGCGUGCUGAAUGGCUAGCUGGAGUUCAUCAGCAUGAUGUAUCCUUGUCUCAACGAUUCUCUAAAUGGGGACAAUAUAUUGCGAUAAAGAGUGUGCGCGAAAGGCCCCAAUUACGCAACAGACGGAACAAUUGGAGCGAUGUAGCUCUUGAACUGCGUGCGCUGUUGCAUAAACCGCUACGAUACCAUCCCAACAUUGUCCAUUUGUUGGGACUCGGAUGGGGCUCGUCCGCUGAAUCAGACUCUGCAUAUCCGAAGAUCAUUAUCGAAUAUGCUACAUUCGGUUCAUUUCGUGAUGUCCAGGUCUACAAUCCUCCGCUGCCUUUUGCCAUUAAACAGAAACUUUGCCAUGAUGUUGCUCGUGGGCUUGCAAUUCUUCACGCGUGCGGAAUCAUCCAUGGAGAUCUGAAACAUGAAAAUAUCCUUAUUUUUGCCAACAACUAUGACAUACCAGAUGGCCAGCCAUACACUGCAAAACUGGCAGAUUUUGGUGGAGCGGUAAUGGACAUUGGCCAACGUGACUUGUCAUGUCUAUCUAUGGGAACCUACCCGUACCAGGCACCCGAAUCUUCACAGCGACUCUCUGCUGACGGAAUAAAGCAGACGGAUGUUUACUCCUUCGGGCUGCUGGUGUGGAGAAGCUUUAUCGACGGAAAAAGUAUCGCAACGGAGUUGGGACUAGAUUCCAAGCCAACGGAGUCUUCUGAGACAUUAAUCCAGGAGCUGAAACUCAGCGAUGAAAUCCUUCUAAAAGCAGUGUGCAGUAUUCAGAGCUAUUCUUCGAACAAUGGGAUCAGUGAUCGCGCGCUGGAAUUGAUCUUGUAUGUGUUAGCGCAAACAAUCCUGGUCGAACCAAAGGAUAGGUGUCUCUCUCGAGCACAGUCAGCACUGAGAGGCAUGCACAUUAACAAAAUAGAUUCAUUUCUUCAGAAAGUCGCUGCUGCGAAUGAUGAGAGGGAUGAUAUCGAGGGUACUGAACCGCCGGGGUCGCACGGUAACGAUUAUGAUUGCCAAAGAAAUACCCCGGGCUAUCGACAGAAGCUGUCACAUCCAGAUAUAGGGGAAUUUUUAUUCGAACCUGAGAAAUUAAAGGAAAUUCUUGACUGGGUUCAACAGCAGCAGAUUGUCGACGAUUUCAGGGAGGCAGCUCGAAAAAACAGAACAGGAACCUCUGAUGGCCUACAGCCGUGGAAAGCUGCAUAUUACCUGUUUCAAUGCUACCUAUCUGGAUUUGGAGUAACAUUUGACGGUAAACAAGCGUGUCAUUGGCUACAGGAAUCUGCCGAUGCUGGUGAUCAGGGUGAUGUCGACUACUGGGCGAUGGCUUGGUUAUUGCGCGUUAGCACCGCGCUUUCUGUGCCGAUAUCUCUUACGCUGGAUGAGCUACAAGAGUACAUUCGAUGGGGCAUUAUAAGAGGUCAUCAAAACUGUCUUGAGGACGGAAGAAAAAUAAUUGAGCAACUAGCCAAUACAGAUGAACGUGUACGAUGGGAAAGUAUGAUGACAGAGGCGGAUUGGGUCAGGAGAACUGUAGCUGGCGGGGUCGGAAUGCCUCACUUUGUCCCUAGAAAAUUACGCCGAUGUUACGAUCUGGAUGAUAUUUCGAUCCUUGAAGGUCAGAUCAAGGAUGAACUUGGAACGAAAUAUAAUUCCUGUUUGCGGAAGAAUCUUUCACGUCCUUUUUUGAAUUUUUUCGGGAAGAACCAGAAAGCAGAGUUCACAACAGCCGAAGAAUCUGAGUUUGAUAAAAUUUUUGUUAACCACAAGGGCCACGGUCUCCUACAUUUUGCUGCAAUUCUCGGAAAAUUGAGAGCGCUGAAGUACAUGGUUGAAACGUAUUUGUGCAGCAUUGACCUACCAAAUAAAUCCUUGGCUGAAUCACCUCUUACAUGUGCUUGUCGCAGUGGCCACUUUGACUGUGCCAUGUAUCUCGUUGGAUGCGGUGCCAAUGGAGGGGGAACAAAAUACGGUGAAGAAGCUCCUUUGCACUGGCUUUGUAGCUUCACUCCUGAAAAAAUGGGACCUCUUGCAAAAGCCUUAGUAGAUGCCGGCGCUAAUAUAGAACAUUCCAGUGGUACAAUGCGAAAAGACGUUAGAAUGAUAAAUGCUGACUGGGAGGACAAUUUUGGCAUUGUAACAACACCGCUAGGGAGGGCUGUGUUGAUGAGGAGCCUUCCUGCUGUAAGAGUCCUCCUUGAACUCGGCGCAAAUCCCUUAGCCAAAGUGGGACAUGAAAACAACAUUAAUGUCAAAUCCCCCACGGAGCUAGCGGCUGUACUUACUCUUCCUCAUAUUCUGGAAGUAUUGCUCCUAUUCAUCGACCAAGUGCUUCUAGAAAAGACGCCAAUAUUUGACGAGAUCGGCAUGCUUCGAGCUGCUCAUGAAAAACGAAUAACUCCAUUUGAUCCAACUACUUUACAAAGCAGGUUGCUAGGAAAUUACGAUAUUGUGGAGGCACUGUUGGAGCUAGGACAUAGUGCAAACGGCUCUCCUGGCCACCGACCUAUCGAGGAGGCAGUUUUGAUGAACCAUGAAGCCAUUUUCCGACUUCUAGUCAACCGUGGCGCACUAACGGGAGUAAAACGCACCGGUUAUAAUGGAAGACAGUUCUCUUUGCUCCAGAUAUCUGCUAGCCGUCCACGAACAUCUCAUAAUGGAACCUUUAUAGCAGAGUAUCUUAUCCGGUCAGGGAUGGCUAUCGAACCAUUACCAGAUGGAAGUCCAUCAAGUUUAGCGCUGGCGAUCAAAAAUCGCUACUUCGACCUCUCCGAUCUGCUUCUGGAGAACGGUGCUGAUAUCAAUGCAUUGUAUCAGUCUGACAAAGGAGAAGAGUGGGUCACUGUCCUUGGUGAACUACUUCUGAUGCAUACGGAAGCCACCUUGCAAUCACUGGCUUAUAUCUUUCGUAAACUAGAUGCCAAUUCUAAUAACGUGAUCAACAAGAAGCGAAAGCUCACGGCUCUACAUACCCUCGCGCUUUGUCCCUUCAACGUGAUAAACGACAGGUCUCAAGUUUCCUCCAGGGUUAUUCAAGCGGUUCUUACAGCUUUCCAUACUGCAGAGCAUAUUAACUCUGUUCAUCCGAUCCUAGGCACCGCGCUUUGUAUAGCCAGUGUUGCAGGAAAUCUAGAAAUGGUAACUGCUCUUUUAGCUCAUAGGGCUGAUACGGAAAUCCCAAUGCGCGUAGAUCAGUUAAAUGAAAGUGAUAGAGAGGACUUAGGGUUGCCCGAUACAGAGUAUAAUCAGCAAUGUGAAAACGGGGAAAGUACUCCCUUGGCUCUAGCGCAAUUUGCCUUUAGCAAACAGCUCUCGGACUUUGAGAAGUCAUCGUCUUUGGAUAUGGCUAGCUUAUCGAAACUGGAUUGUUUUGAGGCCAUGGUUCCCCUAUUCCAAAGUGCCGGAGUUCCCUAUUCAGAUGCAGCAUGGGAAUCUUUGAGAGAUAGGAGAAAGUGCCUUGAGGACCGAAUCAAACUCAGCACCUUGAUGGCGCAGCUAACGCCAACUAAUCUAUCGGAGCCUGUAGAUCUCUCUGUGCUGACGGAUAAAAAGCCAACCAAUUGGAAAGAGGGGUAUGAAAUGAAUCAGGAAACGGCGGCAAGGACUUUGCUGAAAUUUAUGAGAGGGGUAACGUUGAAUGUGGACGAGCUGAGGUUGCCCAGUUAUGCCAACUUCUCGAUAUGCAAGAGAGAAAUAAAUAAGCAGCCAAGACACAACUGA